GAGCAGCGCCACUGCAGUGUAAACAUGGCCGGGGAGGGAGAAGAGCUCGAUUUUCACUCCAAGAGCUUUAAUGCCGCAAAGGCUCUUUCUUCUGGCGACGUGCAGCUGCCAGUGCCCGAUGCCCAGGAGUAUGAGGACCUGGAGAGCCUGAGAAAAGCUGUUCACAGCCACAACUUUAACGUAGUGCGAGAUAUACCGGGCGUGUUGGGCCCAGGAGGCAUUCCCAAGAAAUGUGCACGGAAGGUUCCAGUUGAGAGGAAUUUUGCACCAGAGCAAGGACUCAUAAAAGGCCGUGGUCGGAGACGCCUUCGGAAUGUAAUCACCCGCAUGGAGGAAAUGGUUGGACCCUUGGCUGUCCUUCGCAAGUGCCAACAAGAAAAUAUUAAAGUCAAGGUAUACGUGAGGAACCACUGUGAAGUUCGUAGUAUGCUCAGCGGAUAUGUGGUGGCCUUCGAUAAACACUGGAACCUGGCCCUUAGUGACGUGGACGAGGUCUUCCAGAAGAAGCUCCGCUGCAAGACCCCCGCCCUAGGUGACGUGAGUCAGUUCGUCAAGGUGGGUGAUCUGAGUAUCCGUGAUUCAGACAGCGACUCCAGUGAUGACUCCCGAGAGUCCAAGAGCAAGAGCUGUGGCGGUGCUGAAGAUCAACACACAGGCUUCUCGGGCAUUACUGGCAGAGAGCUCGAUCACCAAACACUAGUGAGUAGCAGGGAAGAAUCGGACUCUACACUAAGACACUUGGGCGCUGGAACGUCCAGCGGACUCGCUGGAGCGGGUCCAGACACGCGAAGAGGACGCGAAACUAGCCGUGGACUCAGUGGAGCGGAUCCAGACGUUGACGGGAGUGGAAGACGCGUGAUUGGAAGCAGCAGUAGCAAGAGGAUGAGCAGUCUGGAAGCCAUGGAUCUGAGAGCCAGAUUGUCCGUCAGAGUGACAACACAACACCCCGACACCAGUGAUAGCCGCGAUGCCCGCACACUCCAGCUUGGACGAGGCAACACGCAAGAGAAGAAAGCAAGGGAGGAGGAGGAGGAGGAGCAGAGGGAAGGUGAGGGAAAGGCAAAGAAGAAGAGGGUGAGGAAGAGGAUGAAGAGGGAGAUCAGGAAGCGACAUGUCAAUCAGCUGUUCGUACGAGGCGAGAAUGUGGUCUUAAUAUCUGUGUUGAACCUCAGCAACAUGAUGGAAGAAAACAACAAGUGAAUGAUGGAGGAGAGAGAGAGACGAGCAGUAACAUUAGAGCCAGACCAAAAGAAAAAGGAGAGAUAACAGAACGUUCCAAGUGUGUUAACAAUCAUAAUACAUAUAAGAAUUCUUUUGUUAUAUCUGCAUGUAAAUAAGACUUUUGCAGGUGUGACGGUCGAAACCCCGAUAGUAUGAGAGCACAUCUUUACUUACACAACAUGUCGUUCUAAGAAGUGCUUUCUCAAGUUAUAACUUAAAACAGUUUUACGUGAAACAUUGCCCAAAUAAAGGUUUGUUCUGUAUACUAGUCUUUGUGGAAGACUUCGGUACUACAAGGCUGGAUGGGCCUGGAGCCGUGGACCACACAAUCCAGAGACUCACGUCAGGAAGGUGGCAUGCAACACACACACCCACGCUGCUGCUGUUGUUGCGGCUGCUGCCGCCCCAACGUAAGAACUCCGUAACGGCAUCUGAAGAUUCAUCUCCAAAUAAUGAAUCAGAUGUGAAUUAUUACUGUGGAUUGCUCAUCUGUGGACAUGAAUCCGUCUGGCAGCACUGUGAAAAUUUUCUAAAAAAAUUUUAAUUAUUUAAGGUAUGUAUAACUCCAUCUGUUCCAUUAGAAGCCUUCAAGAACCUUCAUCGCAGUGCUGGCGACGGUGCUGGUACUGGUGCUGAUACUGGUGCUGGUACAGGUGGCACUGGUGCUGGUACAGGUGGUAAUAGUACUAGUACAGGUGGUACUAGUGCUGGUAUGGGUGGUGCUAGUGCUGGUACAGGUGGUACUGGUGCUGGUACAGGUGGUACUAGUGCUGGUACAGGUUGUACUGGUGCUGGUAUUGGGAUGGACAGUUAUCGUCCUUAAACUUGUAUGAAAUCUCAUUACCUUCCAUUCCCCACUUGGGUUUUUGGCUUUCUACGAAUAUAACAAUAAUAAUAUUAAAA